GCUAAUCAACAUGGCUUCUUGCACCCCUUGUCUUGUCCUACUCGUGUGUCUCACCAGCCUUGUGCAGGCAUCGCUGAUAGCGGCGAACCCGCCACAGCAGCCGCCUUUUGAGCUGCCGGAGUCCGAGGUGAGGGACAGGUUCUCCAAGUGGACGACCAAGUACUCGAAGCACUACUCAUGCCAUGAGGAGGAGGAGAAGCGGUUCCAAAUCUUCAAGCAGAACACCAACGCCAUCGGCGCUUUCGCCGCCCAGACAAGCACCAACGUCGUCGUCGGCAGGGCCAGGCCGCAGACCAUCACCACCGUCAAGGCCAGCAUGAACAGGUUCGGCGACCUCACCCCCAGUGAAGUCGUCGAGCAGUUCACGGGUUUUAACAACACCAACUUCCAACCCGCGUCGCCCACUCCCCUCCCCCUUGACUCCUGGAAGCCGUGCUGCGUGGACUGGCGCUCCAGCGGCGCUGUCACCGGCGUCAAGUUUCAAGGCACUUGCUCGUCAUGCUGGGCAUUCGCGGCCGUGGCGGCGAUCGAAGGCAUGAACAAGAUCAGGACCGGGGAGCUGGUGUCACUGUCGGAGCAGGUGCUCGUGGACUGCGACACCGGGAGCGGUGGCUGCAGCGGCGGCCGCUCGGACACCGCCCUGUCUCUCGUGGCCGCACGCGGCGGGAUCACGUCGGAGGAGAAGUACCCGUACAGCGGAGUCAAUGGAAAGUGCGACAUGGACAAGCUCCUGUUCGACCACCAAGCAUCCGUCAAGGGCUUCAAGGCCGUGCCGAUCAAUGACGAAUGCCAGCUGGCCCUCGCCGUAGCAAGGCAGCCCGUGACCGUGUACAUCGACGCCAGCGGAUUUGAGUUCCAGUUCUACUCCGGCGGUAUCUACCGCGGCCCCUGUUCCGCGGAUGCGACGCAAGUGAAUCAUGCCGUCACCAUCGUCGGCUACUGCGAGGGGCCCGGCGAGGGGAACAAGUACUGGAUUGCCAAGAACUCCUGGAGCAACGACUGGGGUGACCAGGGAUACGUCUACCUCGCCAAGGACGUGCCCUGGUCAACGGGCACAUGUGGCCUCGCCACCUCACCCUUCUACCCAACAGCUUAACCACGGCUGCCAUCGAUCACAAGUAUGAUAUCUAUGGAUAU